AUGACUAUAUCUGAAGGAGGCAAUCGGGUCCGCACUACGCCGGUGCCAACUCCACUUGCGACUACACCCACUCAGGCUUCGACAUUUCUCAGGGCUGCUCCUCCGCAACUGGCAGCUCCGCAGACCCUUAGUGAAGAAAGUGAGCGACCUGUUGCGAGGCACAGUACAACUGAAACGGGGGCGUCCCCUGGGCCAUCCACCGAUCAGUCACGGAUUCUUCUUCCGAUUCUCAAAAAAUCGCACGCUGAAUUCGAUGACCUACCUGAAGCUGCCAAGGUACCAUCACCCAAGGCCGAUGUACAAGACUUAUACACCAAUCCUCGGCGGAGGCAAUCGUCUGAAAGCUCGGGAGCUCUUUCACCCCAGACUGGAGCUGCGGAUAAGGGCCCAAAAACUGCAGGAAAGAAGAAGACGAGCUUUGCCGCAGCGACUGGGACUAGAAAGGCACGACCUGGGGCUCCGAGGAAGAGAAGCAGCCAGACAUCCGGGUCUGGUGAACAGAGAAAAGGAAGCCAGACCUCUCCUUCAGCCGGAGGUCAACCGGGCAGGACGACUCCAAAAUCAGCCAUGGGUCUACCUUCAUUGCUGACCGCCGCAAACUUUGCGCUCCCGUCGAGUUCAUGGCAGGACGUUGAUUCACCAGCUUCGUCGCGUGCCUCGCUUGAUACUACGCUCUCGACGCCGCAACAACCUUCAUCAUGGUUAGUUGACAAGAACUUCCGCGGCAAGUUUGUUGAGAACCAGAAACGCGCCACCAGCUCAAUAAACCUUGCGGCUUUGGGGAAGGGUCAAUCUGUUCGCUUUCUUGAUGAGAUGCCCGAGCACAGAAAAUCUGCAGCUAAGGGUAAAGCGCGGAUGGAGGAAGAUGAUGACGAUGAGGAAGAAGACGAACGAGAAGAAGAAGUUGAGGCGAGCAAAUCAGCAGAGCGCAGCCCACCAUCAGCGGCAACUGCGGCAAUCGCCGAAGACGACGAUGAGGACGAAGAUGACAUGCCCACUCUACCGAGAACGAAGAGCCAACUCAGCAUGUUGAUUGACAAGGAGAGGAAAUAUAGCGGUAGCGCGAACCUUGGACCCCAGCUUCCAAAACAGGACAAUCGAGGGAGGAAAAAUGAGAAGGAAAAUAAUGAAGACGUGGAGGAGAAUGAGCUGCUAGUUAUGGCUCGAGCGGACAAGAAGGGCAAAGCAAAAGACCCUGAUCAACCUUUCAAAGCGGCGGCCAAGAAAGGCUUUCUGAGGAGCGGUGGCGGUGGUGGCGGUGAUGGCGGCGCAGGAGGAUCGGGUAGUCCCCCGCCUGUGUUUUGA